CAGGUUAUUCAUGUUUCUCUGUGUGAGUAGGUGGAACUGGGCGUACUCACAUAAACCUACUGGCACAGGUAGGGUGCAGGAUAACACGGAAACAUCUUUCAAAAGUGACAGUGACAGGGUUCUUUGUUCAUCGCGACCACAGCACGUGUCAGUAUUUACGAGGGGGAAGCAGAUCCAAGCACAGACCCUCUAUUCAGUCCUGCUUUCAUUGUACGGCAAUGGAUGAGGAAAUCAAGAGUUCCAGCAACCCAGAAGUGAAGAGCUUUUUUGGAUUUGGGAAAAAGGACAAGGACAAGGAAAAGGACAAGGGCAAAGAGCAUAAAAAGAGCGACUGCAAAGACAAGAGCAAGGAUGGAAAAGACAAGAAAGAAAAGCAUGGGAAAAAGAAGGAGGGUAAAGACAAGAAGAAAAAGGAUGAUGGGAGUGGGAGUGGGUCUUCCUCAGGCUCUUCGUCCGACUCUGAUUAAGACUGAAAGGAAAAAAGAAAGAAAAUAACAACAAAGACCACUGUAUUGCGGGCAAUUAUGCAGACUACCCUGUCUGUUUUACUGCUAUAAACUGCAUUAAUAUGUUGAUUUUGCUGUAGUUCACUGACGACCUUUGUUUAAUAAAGUUGUCUCUCUCUGUUAAUAAAAUCAGCCUUCUAAUUUA